AUGAUUCUGCACAACAACAUCCUCAACGUAAACAAUGGCAGCCCCCGCAUUGUCGAUUAUCCUCCUACAUGGCCAGUACCUGGGGUAACAAGCUCGCGACCGGCGUCGCAGGGCACGAAGCCACCAGCUGGACCAUCUGGUCGAGCAAGCGACGCCACUACAAAGAGGAAGCCAAGCGACAACACCCAAGCAAGCACCGGGCAGACUGGAGUACCACCAGCCGCUAAGCGGCAGAGAAAGAGCAAAGCGAUAGAGCACCCUAAAACAGAUGAUCUCAAUGGCUCAACUGUACUCACGGUGUCGGCUGAUAAGCCAGCUCUGGACACGACAGACCCAUAUCUGGCAGAGUUCAUCUCGGCGCUGACGCACGAUUUCAAGCAGUCGCAGGACUAUCUGCAUAUCCCGGCAGAAGACUGCAAGAAGAGGCUCCAGAACGAGAGAGACUACAAUCUAAGAGCUUUGAACAUGCUUGGACAAACGCAGCCCUAG